GAAGAGUGCCGCGUAUAACUGUAACUUGUGAGCCAUUCAAAUCACGUAAAAAAAUAAAUAAAAUGUGCUCCAAUAAUAACAUUUUAAAUCAAUCAAUCAUUGAUGCGCGUUCAUUUGGCCAUUUGUUUAACAAUCACCAAUUUCCAAACCUACGGUGGCCCUCACGGAUAGGCGAAUACUGCCUGUCCGCUGAGGGCAUUUUCGAGAAAUCCGCUUCGCGCCUUUAUUUCUUAAGACAAUUGGGAAAGGAAUCAUUUCCCUUUUCCCUGAGAGCAAACUGUAACGGAAUCGAUGCGGAUGCAGAUGCGAAACUAUCAAACGCAUACCAAAAAUACUUGGACAAUUUAUUUUUCUUUUUGCGAUCGACACAACCGGAGCAGUUUAUUAAGCGUAACGAUCGUGGACACCUGCAACUGAAAAUGGAUAUUGUAUGCACCCGACAGGUGCUGCAGCUGAUGAUGUGCACUCCGUACGAGAACACGGACAACUGGACGAUAGCCGUGAGCAAGUAUCGCAACACCAUCUAUAUGUGUCAGGUGCAAAACUCAGAGGGCGGCUCAUCAUCACACUUUGACUGCAAGCGUCUGAGACAAGAAAUUACGACUGCUUAUAUGAAGGUGCUCCGGCAGCACUGCCUUGUGGCAAGAGAUGGCUCCACGGCAAAAACUGGUCAACCAAACAAUCUGAGCGGUCAAUAUUACUCUGUUUUUACCACUGAUAUAUGCGGUAUAAAUAUUCUUUACGAUGCGCCCGUUAUUGCACAGUUCAACCCAAAUCCAUACAUACGAAUGCCCAACACGUUUGUGGAUCUGUACUUUCGCUUGGAUACCAUGAAUCGUGCCGAGUGGUCAGCGCACAAUCGCCACGAUGUCCUUAAAUGGUGGGCCGAGUCCUUCCUGGUGGGCAUAGAGACAGUUUAUAUUGCGUAUCACGAUAGAAAUGGCGUCGUGCACAGCAUCAACAGCAAACAGAUACGCGAUCUAUAUCGGGAAUGCGAUUCCGAUUGGUCACCGAAUAUAUGUGGGAACUUCCUGCAUUGUCUCUUGGGUACAAUACAGAAGUUGAUGGCUCAUAUAGACUCCGCCAGCACCGUGUAUCUGUUGGAUUACAAUGCAAACAAUGGCCACAUCACCUAUCGAGUCACCGAGGAUCGCAAUGUUCACUCGUUCAUACCCGACUGGUAUCGCGUCAUGCUGGAGGAGAACAUGGAGCAUCUGAACGCUGAAGUUCGAUUUCAGCUCUGAGUGCGAGUUAACCGGCAUGAGU